AUGGCAUCAAAAAUGACUCGAUAUCAAAGACACCGUAUGGCUGAAAAUUAUUUGGUCAUCUGGGUCGAUGGAAAUAUCGACAUGGCAAAUCAAGAUUGCCAAAAUACAAUGGAACAAUUACGUGCUGUCGUCAAUCAAGUUAAUCCAUGUAAGACACCUGAACAAUGUGUACAAAUGCUUAUGGAAAAUCAAGAGGAGAUCUCAUUUGUUAUCUCCUCAGGUGCAUUUGGACAACAUUUAGUGCCGGAUAUUCAUGAUAUGGCAAAAUUAAAUGCCAUUUUUAUAUUUUGUGGCAAUAAACAACGGCAUCAAGUAUGGGCGCAAAAUUGGCCCAAAAUUAAAGGUGUUCACACAACAAUCAAACAUAUUUGCGACAAAUUGGCAACAGCAAUCAAACAAUACAAUCAAGAUCAUAUGUCGGAAAUACUCCUUGAAAUCGAACAUGAACAACAAGCCGUCCAAGAUUUGGUCACCUACUGCCAAGAACAAUAUCAAGGCAAUACGAAUGAAAUCAAAAUUAUCCAAGAAUUUCAACGUAAUUAUAAAGCAUCCAACGCCAUUUGGUGCACAAAUUCAGAUGUCUCCCUUGUUUUCGCCAAAGAAGCCUUGAAAAUGACUGAUAUGGUUGGAAUUCUAUUCCAAAUAACCAUCGAUCCUACAAUAUCAUCAACUCCAUUCGCUUCCAUCCAGGAGGUGAGCUAUUAUAAGGAAGAAGAGGAAAUUCUUUUCACCAUGCACACCGUCUUUCGUAUUGGUGAAGUGCGAAAACUUGACAACAAUCGUGCACUUUAUCAAGUCGAUCUUCAACUUACGUCAGAUGAUGAUCCACAACUUCGAGAAUUAACUGACUUUAUACGAAAAGAAGUCGACGGUACCGGAUGGUAUCGAAUGGGUCAAUUGUUACUACAAAUAGGUCAAUUCGACAAGGCCGAAGAACUAUAUUUGGCACUACUAGAACAGGCAUCGGAUGAUAGUGACAGAGCACGUAUCUAUAAUAUGCUUGGAGAGGUGAGAUAUCAUCAAGGACAAUAUCAACAAGCAAUUUCAUUUUUCAAAAUCGCCCUCGCGACCUAUCGAAAAACUCUACCCAAAGAUCAUCCAAAGUUGGCUGAAAUCUACACUAAUAUCGGUGCAGGGCAUAAUGCCAUGGGUAAUUAUUCGAGAGCAGUUGAAUAUUUCGAAACAGCACUUAAAAUAAGGGAAAAGACUCUGCCUCCGACACAUUCCGAUUUGGCCGAAUCCUACGCCUGGAUCGCUACAGCGCAUAACAGCAUGGGUGACUACUCGAAAGCACUUGAAUUUUACGAAAAAUCAUUUAAAACUCAAGAAAAAGCUCUGCCUUCGAAUCAUCCCUCAUUGGCUACUUCAUACAGCAACAUCGGUCAAGUGUAUAAUAACAUGGGUGACUACUCGAAAGCACUUGAAUUUUACGAAAAAGAUCUAGAAAUCACACAAAAAGCUCUGCCUUCGAAUCAUCCUUCAUUGGCUACUUCAUACAGCAACAUCGGUCAAGUGUAUAAUAACAUGGGUGACUACUCGAAAGCACUUGAAUUUUACGAAAAAUCAUUUAAAAUUCAAGAAAAAGCUCUGCCUUCGAAUCAUCCCU